UCCCCUAUAUUUGACAUGCACUCAGUUCUUCAUCAAGUCUCCUCCUCUCCUCUUCCUCAGAAUCUGAAGUUCUUCAUCACCCCUCCCGCGGCAAAGUGGUCUCAGCUGUCGGAGGUCCUGAGCUGGCAGUUCUCCUCCGUCACGCAGCGAGGCCUGAACCAGGAGCAGCUCAACUUGCUGGCCGACAAGCUGCUCGGAUCUAAAGCCCAGAGGAACCCAGAAGGACAAAUCCCCUGGGGCAAAUUCUGCAAGGUGAGCCAUGGCCAUUUAAAAGAACGUCUUCUCACUGCAAUCUCCCAAAGAAAGGCAGUUUUGGUAUAAAAGUAAUUCAAUCAG